GAGGCUGUGGAUACCGCCGCUGGUGGGGGCCAAGGAGGCUGCGUGCAGCCUGGGCGCCCAGGGGCGGCGGCGGCCCAGCCCCAGCGCUCUGCGCGCUGGCGACCGCAGUGCACCGGCCACCGCAGUGCGGAGCCGCUCUGCAAGCGCUACUGUCGCGGCGUCAGCGUGAUCGGGCCCCACGCACCCACCCUGCGCACCUGCCGCGGGUCCAAAAAGGAUCCUGCAAAAAUGAGCCAUUCUCACCCCGCUGGAUUACUUGCAGCAUAUAAUAGCCUUACCGAUAAACACCUGGCUGGAUAUUUUAACAACACGAGGAUAAGGCGGCAUCUCUUAAGAUCAGGGCUGAUCACAAGAAAUGGAAGAAUACUUUCUGAAAAGGAAUACAAACUAAAUAUCAUGAAGAGGGAUCACCAGAAAUACAUCCGGGAAUGCUUAGCCCAGGCUAUUUUCCAUAAGGUUCUUGAUAUGGAGCGUUACCAUCAGCUUGAAAUUAAAAAGAAACUGGAGACCUUGGCUAGGAAGGAGCGAAUUCAGAGAUUUAAGGGAGAAAACACAAGAUGGACUAUAGAAAAUAACAUGCCAAUCCUGUCUCCCCACCCCCCUCUUGGUCCCAAGACGAACCGCAGCCAUGGUGUUCUGGUUGAUGAAGGGCAUGCCUGUCCAAUAACACAGACAGCCCCUCGACCAUACACUGCUCCAGGAAAUAUGCAGCCUCCAAUUCGAUUACAACCUCUUCCCAGGACUCCUGCAGUAGGAACUGUUCCAAAGGUAACAUCAGGGUCUAGAUCAAAAACCACACUGCUGGAAAAUGAAGCUCCAUUUCCCAUUGGGGGCAAGAAGGCAGUGAUGAAGUUCAGGAACUCCAUGGACAAUCCCCAGGCAAUGAAUCGAUAUCAAUUUCCGGCCAUUAACCAUUACAUGAUGCCUAUUCCUCCUCCACCUCCUCCCCCCAGUGGAAAAAUCACAAGGGAAAAUAGACCUGAAACAUGGAGAAAGAGAAGAUUUCGUCCAACCACUGCUCCAAAUGGCUUGGAACCUCUCUUUACUAGGGACUCAAGAAGGAUUCAUAAAACACCACUGCAUAGUAAUGCAGCUAUUACAAUGAUCUAUCUGGGGAAAAAUGUGCACCUAGCUCAUGAUCACUCAGAUUUCCGGGAUGAAAUAAAAGUUUAUCAACAGCACUGUGGUGGGGAAAACCUGUGUGUCUACAAAGGCAAACUACUUGAAAAAGAGACCUUUCAAUUUAUUUCCAAAAGGCACCAUGGUUUUCCCUUCAGUCUCACCUUCUUCCUGAAUGGGAUACAGGUGAAUAGGUUAAGCUCCUGCUGUGAAUAUAAGCAUCGAAAAGGUUCCAGACUUGGAGGCAAAAGAGGCUACUUUGGGUUUGUGUGUGUCGAGAGAUCAUCUCCUUGCUACAAGUGCAUUAUUGCAAUGGGCCUUGACAAAAAAACAACUUCACCAAAACCUAGGAAAGAAAGGAGUAGUGAGAAAAGAGAGGAACUGAAGAAGGGUGAGGGGAAGCUGAGGAGGAGCAAAGAGUACCUGACACCAAGAAGGAGAGACAUGGAGGGCAGCAAAGCCUCUGCUUCAGUCAUUUUUUCAGCUCAGGACCUCAACACAGAGGUGGAUGAAGUGAGAACUGCUGUUGAAGAAAUGGAACGAAAAGGAAAGCCAGGACAAGAUGUUUGGGAAGUUGACCAAGAAAACAUAUUUAAAUGCGAAUAUGAAGAAGAUUUUGAAGUCGACGAGGAGAAACAAGAUGAGAAAGCUAAUGAAGAAGGACAGGCUGAUGAUCAGAUGAAUGGGAUGUCAAAGUCACCCUCAGAUGAUGAAAAAGAUCAUUUAGACCCUGAAAAGGAGAGUGAAACCUUGUUGCGGAAGGCACCAGAUGCUGAUGACAACGUGAAGGAUGAAGGGGCUGGAUGCUCUGAGAGUGAACUGGAAGAAGAUAAGCAAGAUAUAAAAACUGCUUCAUCAACCUCAUCCAGAAGUCACCAAUAUUCUAGCUGCAGUGAAGAUGAAUCUGCACUGGGAGACAGGGAAGCUCAUGCCGAAAACAGUCCGAAUGAAAGUGUCAGAAGUUCAUCUUCUCAGGAGUUGAGUGAAAAUGAUGAGCCAGGCAAAUCCCACCUUCCAAUUGAGGGUUCUCUGGAAAUUGAAAUUGAAGACCAAGAAAUAAUAAAAGCAGAUGCAGAGACCAAGCCUCUGCCAAUAGAGGAAAACUUGGAGAACAUUCUUGAAGAAGACGUGGAGAAAGGAACCAGAGUGAUUGCAGAGGAGCUAUCUGAGAAAUCCAGGGAACAUGUUUCCAAGGAAGAAAAGGAAAAGGAUAAGAGUAAGCUUUGGGAAGGAAGCACUGCUAAAGUGCAGGACAAAAAGGCAGGUCCCCGUAGGGUGGAUAAAGGUGUUGGACAGGUAACAGCUGAAGCUGUGGAUCUUGGCCGCCACUGCCACUGCCACUAUGACUCUGAGUCUGGUGUUAGCAGCGCAGAUGAAGGAGAGAAACACUCAGGGAAGUUGGAGACUGACGCAGGUGCAGCACCGAAUAGGAACUUAGUGGUGGAGGAAAGGGCAGUACUCAGCUCAAACAAGGAAUCCAAGCAAGCUGCAUCAGCAGAGUAUGCCCUGGAGAAGAAAGAAGCAGUGCAGGGAGAUGAAGUUCCCCAAUACAGGGAUGCUGACACAGAAGAAAAAAGGGCUGCAGCACUUUGGGGAAAAGCAGGGGUUAAAGAGUUUCCCUUGGGGCAGUGGAAGCCCACAGCUGAGCAGCCAGCACCAGGAUCAUUUACAGAGGAAAGGGAGAUCCCUCAGGUGAUAGCAAGUGGGGCAGAGGCAGAAGCCGAAGAGGGUAGAAGACAAGAUAAAGAGGACUUAAAUUCUAGAGGACCAGAGGCAGCAAGAGCCUCAGGAGGUCUUCAUGAAAGUGAGGCCUUGAUGCAAACAGUGAUGACGGAGAUGGAGAAGGCAGCUUCUGGAGAGGAGCAGGGUUCCAAGGGUGCUCAGGAGGCAGCAUCCCUGAGGGAGGCGAGGAGGCUGGAGGAAGAAGAGUCUGAGAGAGCAGCUAUGAGUGAGGCUGGGUCUGCAAAGCCAGGUAUGGAGGAUAGUGAAGAGGAAGCAUCCACAGACCUAGAGGACAUGGCACUCAUGGAAGAUGCUCCAUCCAAGAGGGAAGAGGGUUUAGAACAGGCCAUACUGGGGGGAGAGGAACCAGCCAAAGAGAGGAAGGUGGUCAUGGGAUCUGAAACCUCUUUGAAUUCCUUGACUGCUGAGAAGGCCGAGGCAACUCGGGUGGGGGUUUCGGAGGACAGCCUGGAAGAACUGGGUAAGGAAGAUGUGGAAAGAGAGGAGGCCGAGAUGGAUGCAGAGUCUAAUAAGGAAGAUGAGAGCAAAGAAAUAUUACCUGAGGAAUUAAAUGGAAGAGAGAGGAGGAAAGCUGAGAGGCCAAAAACACCUCCUGGGGAAACUGAAACGGAGAGAGAAGAGGUGAGAAGGGCAAAGGCACCUCAGGAUGAAGACACUUUAGAAGAAGAGCAAAAGUUUAAAGGGGAAGAGGGGGAACCCCUAAAGGAAGUAAGACCCAAGGAAGAGACUCAAGACCCCCAAAAUGAAAUGGACCGUGAUUCAGAGGACGAAGCAGCUGGGAGGGCAUCUGAACUGACUGUAGACAUGGGGCUGCAAGGAGAAGAUUCACUGAGAGAGAGAGAAGUGAUCUUGUUUGAAGCAGCUCCGGGAUUUGCAAAGACCCUGGAAAACGGAACAGUUCUGAAGAAAGAGGGAGGAGAGGAGGGACUGACGGCAGCAGGGGACACAAGGCACAGGGGCAGAACAGAGCAGGAUGAAGGGCCAGGCCCUGCAGGAGAGGGAGUUGCAGGAGCUCCCGAAAGUCAGCCAGCUGGGAAGGCGCUGACACCUGAGGGCCCGCUCCUGGCUGCAGGCGAGGACCAGGAGUGUGCAGACAAAGGUCAAGAUGGCCUUGCAGGCUGGGAGGAGAGGGAUAAAGAAGGGCCUGUGCAGGGGCCAGAGGCAGUGGCCGUCGCAGCGAUGACCCUGGAAGAUGUUCCUGAGGGGGAUUCUCCCAAGGCGGGAAAGUUGAGCCAGGAAGAGAGAGAUGAGGACCCAGCGGAGGAGGCGGGUAAAGAGUUCACUCUGGGGGCAGGAGUGAUGAUGACUGGGGACACUGAAGGGGACAGGAGCGUGCAAGGCAUGGUUGUGGCUGAGGAAGCUCUCCAUUCAGGAGUGGCUGCGGAGAUGGAGAGGGAGGCAUUGUCAGAUUCGAAGACAGCUGAGGGGCAAACAGAAGCAAAUAGAGCCUCCCCCUUGUCCGAUGUUGCCGGGGAGGAAACUUGGCACAAAGUGGAUGAAAUGCUUGGGAAAACGGCAGCUGCAAAGAAGAUGGCUGGCGAGGAGAUAACGCAGGGCCGGGAGGAGGCGACAGUGACCUGGGCGCCGGAAGCUGAGGCCGAGGCCCUGGGUGGGGCUUCAGACCUGGAAGGGAAGGCCGCACAGCUCGGGCCGGCUCCGGAGGGAGGAGAUGCUGAAACCCCGCGGGAGGCAGAGUCGGUGGGAGGGAAAGGGAGCUGGGAUGCUGGGCAGGAGUCGGGUGCUGCUGACGAAUUCAGACUCCAAUGUUCCCAAGAGAGAGGGUCAGAGCAGGGGAGACAGAGUCCACAGGACACGGGGACACUCCCCGGAAACCCUGACGACACGGGAGGCCAAGCAAAGCAAGAGCAUACGGCGCUAAGAGAAAGUGAGAACGUAGAUGUUUUCUGAACAACGGGAAGGCCCGAGAGACUUCACGGCUGUCGGAUAUCUUCAGCAUGUCUUCUGGAAGACUUAAAGAGAGGAGGAGAAGGAGUACCCCUAGCAUCUCCCCAGGACUUUAGCUUUUACCUUUUUCCUUUUUAAUCCCUGUGCUUGUCAGAGCUGGUUCCCAGUCUGACAGUGCUGGUCGGUAGCACCAUGAGCACCUUGAGAAGAGCUGUGCAGACCCUCCGUAGGGUGCUGGGCCCCAGGGGAGGAUUGUGAGGCUGUUGCUGUUCAACACUGUUAACAUGAUGUCUAUAUUCAAGUCAGUAGAUAGUUUCCAAAGGUUUGACUUUUACCAAAGAUUAUCUGAAAGGCCCAGUCCCCAUGAGUUUGUUGAAAUUCCUUUUUAUUUCUAAUCCAACGUUAGUCCCAGUUUCACACAUGGAAGUUUUUUAUUUAAAAUCUGUGGCUUUGUCUAUGAAAAUGAGCCCUAAACAUCCUUCCAGGUAUACUCAAUACUCAAAUGGCUCCAGACCUGUAAGUCCUUCCAGAAAAGGAUUCCAUGGCAUGCUUAUUCACCUGCAUUUAGAAAUUAGUCAUUCUGUGUAUGCCAGAUGAGUAAUUGUGUAAUUUGAAGUGUAAAUCUUGUUUCAAAAUGCCCCUUGUUUUUGCAUGUUUCUGUAGUCUUGCUUUUCUGAUGCUGACAGGUAAAUGCUUGUGGCAUUUCAUCCCCAGGGGCCUUAUUUAUAGGGCCACUCGAAUUUAAAUCAUAGUAGUAAAUAAUUUAGCUGAGUAAAAUGAGUAACAAUCAUUACAGCAGGUAAACAUAGCACAUCAGCCCAUAUGUCAACAUUCUAGACUCUAGACUCUGGUUGAUGUCAUUCAAUGGAAAACAACCUUGGAUUAAAUUAGUGUGCUGCCUACCUUCCCAAGUUCUGUUAUUUCAAACCCUGUGAACUAAUCUUGCAGUGCAUUGCAAAUCAACAGUCAUAGUUGCCUUCUAAAUUACACCCGCCCCCCAUAUCACUAAGAAUUGUAUAUCAGUGUGCCUCCUGGGAUUUUGGUUUCCUUGUGACGUUUUUGUUCAUAUACCAGUGUCCCAAAGAGCACAUAUGUUUGGCCAUCUUUUCAUUAUGUAAGGAGAUGAUUCUCCAGCCACCUUACACAUUGUACUUUCAUGGGGCACUUUCAUGAAUGAUUCAACCCCUGGCCCCACCCCAGAGAUUCAGAUCUAAUUAGUGUUUGAUGGGUAUAAGGCAUCUGUUUUCUGUCUUGUUUUGUUUUGUUAAUUCUUCAGUUGAUUUCUACCAUGUAGCCAACACUGAGAAUUGCUGCCCUAGUCAUUUUACAAUCCAUGCUAUCUGCCCUAUGGCCCAGGGACCAGGCACAUUAUCUUCAUAGUUGAGUUUCAUUUUAAUAAAUAAAGGAGUCAUUCAAUGAUCAAAGAUAUAAUGGACCAUGAAAAUGUAGUCCCUUGAUCAGGAUAUUGGCAUCACCUAGAACUCUUCCAAAUACAAAUUCCUGCCUUCAUCUCAGUCUGUUAAAUUGGAAACUGUGGGUGUGGCAUAGCAAUUGGUGUUUUAACAAGCCCUCUGGGUAAUUCUGAUGUACACUAUAGUCUGAAAACUGCUGUCACGGACUAUUGAUUGUGUUGAGGAUUAGUCUCAGUUGGAAAAUGUAUUGCAGAAGUGUUGUGAACUUUGUCUCUCUUUCUUUUACUGUUUGUCUCUCUCUCUCUCUUCUUUCUUUUUUCCCUAGGAAAUGGUACUCACUACAAAAGUGACGACCUCAGCUUUAAACUCAUUCUUCUUAUGACUGUAAAAUGAUGUAUACGUGAAGUCCUUCAGCCCACCCCCUACCGAGGACAAGCAUCACUCAUGGCACAUCAUAGAUCGCCUUUGUCUUACAUUUUAUGAGUGGAUUUCAUCUCCUUUAUAUCCAAUUUCAUUUAUUACUGAAUGCAUUGCCGUGGCAUUUUACAGUAUUUUUUCACUGAUCUCAACCUUAUUGCUACAGAGUGCUUUGAAUACAUAGCACCUUAUGGGAAAGAUUGUAAACUUGUUAAUUCCAUUGAAGAAUGAGUUUUGUACAAUGUGCUAAAUGGAAAUUGCAUUGGAUUAUUUUUAUAUUUAACACAUUCCGUCAAAACAUAAUGUAAAAUUAUUCUACAAUCUGCAUGUGGGUUUGUGAAAUUCAGUCUUGUGAUAUUUUGAUGAAGUAAAUUCUUUCUCUGCAAAUACUAUGUUGGUCAAAUUAUUUGUAUGUUCAACUGAACUGAGUUUUCCUAGUUUCAUUAUUAAAAGCGUGAAUAAACCAUACGUUUACAGAUGA